AUGGCGUCGAUAGCGACCAAGGCGAUAGCCGGAAAACCAAUUCUCCCACCAUGUUUCACAAGCCAGAAAGUCGGCGUCGUAGUUUCAGCAGGCAAGAUGGCGAGAGCAGUACGAGUGCGCGUCGCAGAACACGAAUGGAAUAAGAAGUUCAGGAAGCACUUCCCAGCCCCCAAAACAUACAUAGCCCGCGACCCCAACAACUCCGUCGUCGAAGGAGACAUUGUGCGCAUAACAUCCGGCUACCGCACCUCCAAAGUAAUCCGCCACGUCGUAACCUCCAUCGUCGCGCCCUUUGGCGAGCCCGUCGAAAACCGACCCCCAGUCCUCACCCAAGCACAACUCGACGAACAGCGCAUCAAAGAGCGGUUAUUGAAGGACGUACGGUCGGCGGAGCGGGGCAGGCAAGCGAGUAUCCAAAGACUGGCGCUGGCGCGGAAACAAGGCUUAACAAUACCCACAUUGGCCGAGGCUAUGGAGGGUAUGAGGAUACAUACCGAGGCGGAAAAGGCACGGGCUGAGGCGCAUGGUGGACAGGCUGGACAGCAGAAGACGGCCAAGGAGAGACGGUUGGAGCAGGGCAAGAAGACGAAGGCGGAGGUUAAGGCGGAGAGUAAGGUCAAGAAUGCGAGGAAGCAGACUGCCUGA